UCGAUUGCUUGCUUCGCGGUUGCAAUGCAACACGCGCGUGGCACCAUUACAUUAUUGGGAAAUUGUUAAAAUUUUAUAUACAACCAACUAACCAUACAACAACAGCAGCAGCAGCUACAACAACAACAUAAACCACUUAAUAUGUGAGUGUGUAAAAAACGGGUGAAAGAGUGUGUGAAAUUUUGUGUGUGAAUAACUCUGACACGGGUGUGUUUGUGAUUGUGCACUGUGCUAGAAAUUGGAAUAAACCAAUGACCAGAAAAAAAGAAUGAUAAAAAAUGAAAAGAAAUCAAAAUGUAAUGGCUUUAUAAAAGUAAUGAAAAAAGAAAUGGAAUGAUACAAAAAUUUAUAUGACAAGAAUAUUACAAAAAAAUAUAUAUAUAUAGUUUAAGUGCUAAUUGUGAAAAAUCCAAAAGCUAAACAAUUCGGGUUUCCAAGAAAAGAAGUGAAAUAAAACUAACAAGCAAUGCGUUUAUUGACCACCGAAAUACAACAACGAGGCUCAUAAAACCCACAUUUCAUAUUCAAACUAAAAUUAAAAAAAGAAACGUAACGUCAAUCAUUCAACAUUCAUACCAAGCAAAAAAAAAAGUUCAAAAAAUUAUAAACCACAUUCAUAAAGGAAAAAAGUGAAAAUCCAACAUCCAACGUUAUAAAUUCCAUUUCAUCAUGGAUUAGUGUUUGAAAGCAUCAUCCGAAGAACAUUUUCUUCUUUUCGCUAUUGCAACUAUCGCUUACCAACAUCACCAAUCAUCGUCUCAACGGAUACGUACUAAGAGUGAGAGACUCCUUCAUUUUCAUCUCCAGAUAGCAGUUAUACACACAUAGAACAGAGACCAACAGCAGGAGCGGCGGCGGCAGGGGCAUUCAUCACUCCAUGCAACGUGAUGUCAACAACGAAUCAGUGGAUCAGUCACCACAUCUGAGCGCGGACAACAGUUUUACAAUCAAUGGAAUCUGGGCCUGCAGAAAUGACAACCAUCUCCAACUAUCUGCACUGAUGUGGGCGGAGGAGAGGAGGCUGUGUGUUGUUGUGGCUACGCGGUAAUUUCAACUUCCCCCCACCACCACCACUACCACAUCCAUUGUCGUCACCACAUAGUAUGUCAUGUUCGCGAGUGAAAAAGCAAAAGCAGCAAGAGACGUUUUUUGAAUGUGUUGUGUUGUUGGUCAUCGUCGAUAGACUACUACUACUCCGACUACCACUACAACUACUAGGAAAAUCGCAGCCACACAUACUACAUUCACAUUCGGAUUCGGAUUCAAAUUCAAAUUCACUUACAGCAGCGGCAACACACACACAUAUGUAUCAUUAAUGCAGCUCAACUCAACAGCAUUGUGUACAACCGAAACGUGCCACAAAUACGCCGUCGUGUCGUCGUCGUCAUCACGUUACCAAUACCACUAAAUGCAGUGGAAGAAGAAGUUUACUCGAUUGAAAGCAGCUACAGGACAUUCGCGUGCGCGAAGAAUGCUUUGUUGUGGACGAAGAAAGGAAAAUGGAAGAUCAGUUCCUGAUGUUACGGCAAGCCCGGGCCGUGCGCCGCCCGGACCAUUGCCAUCAAAUCAAAUGCAAACGAUGGUCAAUCAGCAACAACAGCAGCAGCAACAACAUCAACAACAGCAGCAACAACAUCAUCAUCAACAACAACAAUCACAGCAUCAACAACAUCAUCAGCAACGGCAGGGCGGUUCCAAAGAACCGGUACUACUGCAGGGUGAUUUCCGGAAGGUCUCGGGUAUUAGUUCAGAGAUUUUCCGGCAGAUAGAAGCUGUUGAAAAUGAUCACGAUCCGAAUACAGCGGCCGCCUUGGAGGCGGUCGAGAGACGAGGUGAAAUGAUUGUACGCAUCUUGGAGCCCCAUAGCAUUGGAGGCAAACAGGCCGUAGAUGCAGCCCAUAAAUUAUUGGCCAAGAAAGAUAAUCGACACAUAGUACAGUUGGUGGAAAUCGUCAAGAGACCCGGUCAGACCUUAGGUUUAUAUAUUCGCGAGGGAAAUGGUGCCGAUCGUACAGAUGGUGUAUUCAUUUCACGCAUUGCCAUCGAAUCAGCGGUGUCGAAUAGUGGAUGCCUGAAGGUGGGCGAUGAAAUUCUGGCCGUGAAUUUAGUCGAUGUCACACACAUGUCCCUGGACGACGUUGUCAUAAUAAUGUCAAUUCCACGACGUCUAGUGUUGGCCAUACGACAGCGUUGCGGCAAUCGUGGCACCGGUUCACCGGGCCCACCUUCCAUGUCCAGACCCGAGCAGAAGCCACCACCGGUUGUUGUCAUGAAACGUGACCUGCGAGACGAGGAGCUAGACGAGACUGAUCACAUGUCAAGAUCCCGUUCAUCACGCGAAAGACGUACAGGUGAUGGCCGUGAGAUGUCCGAGUCACGUUCCCGCCUAGGUCUGGGCCUUAACAACUAUAGUCCGCAAUCGGAACAAUUGGAUAUGUACUAUAAUACACGCCCGGGCAUGGAACCACCUAAUUGGGGCUAUAAACCACCACCACCGCCAUCCUCAGUCAUUACGGAACAGCCGAAGGGUCAUCAGUUUGCUCCAUCACAUGCGUAUUACAAGAAUGCCGGUACGCUAGAGAGUUUGGCGGAGAAGGUGCAUUCUUUCUAUCCAGGAGCACCGCCAUCUCGUCGCUUGUCGGUGGGUAAUGUACCGCAACGGGCACGUUUCCCUCGAUCCGGUUCCGAUCAGCAUUUGCCUCGCGUAGAAUAUGCCGACUAUUCGAAUUCAUUGGGUCGCCACUCAUUGCUAAGGCCAAGUUUGAAACCCAGCGGUGGUUCGGUGAUUAUGGGUCCGGGUGGCACACUGGGCCGUUAUGGACGAUACGAUCCACAUUCAAAUGCCAAAUAUGGGCCAAGUGGUACUCAGUCCCUGACCCGACGAUCAAGACCCAAUUUGGAUUAUUCCAGUGAUACAGAGGCAACGGUUGGACCGCGGCCCAAUUAUUACUACUAUAACCGGCCUGCCAUCGCCAGUAUGCCUCGUGGUGCUGGGGCACCGGGCGGUGCUUCUGUACUGGGUGGAGGGCCAGAUAUGGCUAAGUUCAAUUCACUGCCAAGAGAUCGACCCGGUGUACGUUUACCGGGUAUACGGUCACGUAUAAGCGAUCGCAUAAUGGAUGAAAGUGAUGGCAAUAUUUCGGCGCCCGAGUUCAAUGCCAGACGGGAUCGGGAUUUGAGAUCACGCAUCACAGCCAGUCCCCAGUCCAUAUUUACAUCGGAUGAAUAUCGGGCCUGGUUACGAAGGGCACCCAGCAGUUCUGCCAUAGCCGAACAGAUGCGUAUGACAAGGGAUUUGUUAAAUCAGCCGAGGUCACAUCGAUUCUCAUGCAGUGCCGAGAACAUACACGAUGCUCUGAGAAAUACGGAAAGCAUUUACUCCAGUCGAACGGGUAUACUGGGAGCCGGUACCCUGGAUCGCCACUUGGGUAUGCCCCGGCCCAUUUCUUCACUGCCAGUGCGUUCCAUGUCAUCCCAGCACAUAGGUGGCCCCAAUUCAAUACGUUCCCCCAGCAUUCGUCGCAUGCGCCAACUACUCGAACUCUCAGCUGGCCCAGCCAGUCCCAGUGGCAGCAUUAUGAGUACCGGAGGCCAUCAAAGUCCGGCGCCCACCCCCAGUGCCACACUGCCGCGACCACAUCGACAAAUCGACAUUAAUCCUGCAGAGUUCAGCAAAUACAAGCUAGACAAACCAAUAGUUGAUAUUGGCGGUGUAUCGGGUAUGUUGUGGAUUCACCUGUUAGCGGGCCGUGGCCUACGUUCGGCACCCGAACUGGGACCACAGCACGGUGCAGGAGGACAACAUCUACCGGCGCCCACACGUGAUCUGUACUGUGUGAUAGAAUGCGAUCGCGUGCACAAGGCCCGUACUGUGGUACGUUCCGGGGACUUGCAAUUCGAUUGGGACGAGUCAUUCGAACUCGAUCUGGUUGGGAAUAAGCAAUUGGAUGUUCUCGUCUAUUCAUGGGAUCCACAACAUCGACACAAGUUAUGCUAUCGUGGAGCCAUAUCACUGUCAACGAUACUACGGCAAUCACCUCUACAUCAACUCGCCCUCAAGGUGGAGCCACGCGGUACCAUCUAUAUACGUAUGCGUCACACUGAUCCGAUAGCUCUGUACAAGCGUCGUGGUUUGCCUAGUUUACGGGCCGGUUAUCCCACCCUAUUCGGUGCUGAUCUUGAGACUGUGGUGAAUCGCGAGUCGAAGGGAGCUCCUGGCUGUGCCCCAGUUCCCAUAGUGCUGCGACGAUGUGUCGAAGAGGUAGAGCGACGUGGUCUGGAUAUAAUCGGCUUGUAUCGUCUGUGUGGAUCGGCCACCAAAAAACGUUUGCUGCGCGAGGCAUUCGAACGUAAUAGUCGUGCCGUGGAAUUGACUCCCGAACAUGUUCCUGAUAUCAAUGUCAUCACUGGUGUGCUGAAAGACUAUCUAAGAGAAUUGCCAGAACCGUUGUUCACGCGAUGUCUCUUCCAGAUGACAGUCGAUGCAUUGGCUGUAUGUCUACCUGAUGAUCCCGAAGGCAAUGCAAAAUUGAUGCUUAGCAUAUUGGAUUGCUUACCUAGAGCAAAUAGGGCCACCUUAGUAUUUCUCUUGGAUCACUUGUCGCUGGUCGUUUCCAAUUCCGAACGCAAUAAGAUGUCAGCUCAAGCUUUAGCCACUGUCAUGGGCCCACCGCUAAUGCUACACUCGGCCAGCGCCCAACCCGGCUCUGAGAUCGAUCAUGCCCAGCCCAUUGCUGUGCUGAAAUAUCUCUUGCAAAUCUGGCCCCAGCCUCAGUCGCAACAUCAUCAGAGUGCUGGUGUCGGAGCAGGUGGUAAUCUCAUUAGCAGCAUGGCUGUGGGUGGCAGUACCAUGGGUAUGGGCCUCGGUAUGGGUCUGGGCAUGAAUGCUGGCAGUAUGAAUAAUAUGCCGGGCGUUGUUUCAGGUCGGCGCGGCGAGUCAACAGGGCAGCGUGGAAGCAAAGUCAGUGCGUUGCAAGUGGACAGGCAGGCGUUCCUCAUGGCGCAGCAGCAGCAGCUCAUGGCGGCGGGCAAUCUACUACGCUCGUCCACUUCGGUAACCAACAUACUUUCUCAAGGCCAACAUCCGCUCUCAGCCACAGUCAACAGUCAUCUGUAUCAAUCAGUAGUGGGUCAGUUAGCUCAAUCGCAUCGAGCCUUGCAACAAGCGGUGCAACAGCCCCAUCCAUUGGUGGACUCAGUGGUCUCGGCAAUUCCCGACCCAUCGCCACUGCCCAUUCCCGGCACACCCUCCCCCGGCAGUAGUUCAGCGUCAACAGCAUCGGGAUCCGGUUCGGGCAAAAGUACGGAUACAAUCAAACGAGGCAUCUCACCGGCUUCCGUUAAACAAGUCAAUAUCCAGGAGUCCGUCAGCUCGUAUUCGCUCAGUCAGAAAAAGUCCGAUAGAGAUUCACUCGAUACCCAACACACUACAAAUAAUGGCCACCACCUACAAAUCAACAGCAACAAUAAUAACACCAAUCCAUAUGCAACACCAUCACCAACAGGCACAUCAUCCGGCGGCACAGCUGCUCAUGGGGCGGCAUUGACGGCGGCAGGUAGCAGCACGCGCAAAGGUGUUGAUUUUUACGAACCGCACAAAUCUCAGACCAAGAGCGACGAUGACAAUAAUGGUGUGGUGAGCAGCAGCAACAGCAGUGGCGGCAUCGGCGGCAUAAGCAGUAAAUAUGGCGGCGAUUCGGCUUACAAGUUACGAAGUGCCUAUGCUUCGUCGGGGGGUAGCGGCCUGGACCACAAGCCCACCAGUUCGCUCUCCACCGAAGAGUACAAGGCCAUGCGCAACAAGUCCAGUGCAUCGUCAUCAUCGGCCUCGUCCCAGGCCACGGUUUUGAGUGCUGGUUCGGCAGGCACUUCGGCAACGACCACCUCCUCGGAUGAUUCCGAUGAUUUGGUUUCAUACAAAUCUUCAGCUUCGACCAAUGCCCUAUUGGCCCAGUCCCAGGCCAUGACAACGACACAGCUAAUGUCCAAGUAUUUAAAGCGGGAACCUAGGGUACAAUUUACACCCAUCAAAUCACCGGAUUCUCCCUCGCCACCAGGUGGCAGCAGUCUACCCAGAGGUACGUACCAUCUUACCAAUAGCAGCCGAAAUAUACACAGCGAUAUCAGCAGCAUUGGUGGUACGGCCACUUCGGCCAGCUGCAACAGCCUGGGUGGAAAAUACACUCUCGACAAAAGCGAUAGGGCAGCAUCUCCAUCGAAGUCAGCACUCUCCAGUAGCCUCAAGGAAACGCCAGCACUGGGUUCAUCAGUCUCGGCCACAUCGCCAGGAUCUGCAAUGUCAACAAUUUCAACUGGACGCCGUCUAUUCGAUAGCCUGGCCUCCGAAACCUCCGACUCAGCAAUCAGCCGUUCGAGGACAGCUACAUCCACCACAUCAUCAUACAAUAACGACAUUAGACACUCGGUAGCAAGUAGUAGUACUCAUAUUAGCAAUAAGUCCACAACAAGCUCAGAACAUCGUUCAUUCGGUAGUAGUCUCUUUAGCAGCGGCACUGAACGCAACAGCGGCAGCAGUGCCGCCUAUUCGAGCAAUGGCUCAAAUGGCUCGACCCACUAUGGUACAUUGCCCAAACAAAGUAUCUCGGGGGCGACUCUGUUCAAUACAUCGGCCUCAACAUCAUCGGCAACGGCCGGUGGUGCAGCGGGUGCAUCUGGCACGGCCAGCAGCAGUGGUGUUAGUUCCAUGUCUGGCUCAGCCAGUAGUUAUGAUUUUUAUACAAAUAAUUCCUCCUCCUCCUCAUCGGCUUAUUCAGGUUCAAGUAGCGUAUAUGGCACGACAUCUCGACCCUAUGCCAAUGGUGGUAGUGCCGCCUCAUCGAAUGGGGCUGGUAACUAUCACACAUUGGGUACAUAUCGUGUCCAGUAUGCUGCCACAAAUCCAUUUCUAGAUGCAUUUGAUGCUCCCUCGGAAAGUACGUCCACCACCACCACGACGACGGCGACCAAUGCCAGAAAUGGUAAUGGUGGAGGUGGUAGUGGCACGGCCAGUAGCAGCGGCAGUGAUCAUCGUUCAUCAGCGAUGGCUGCUUUCCAUUCGAGUGGUGGUGGCAGUGGUAGUGGUGGUGAAGUGAAAAAUGGUAGUGAUGAAUAUGACGAUCUCAAAUAGGUAACAACAACGACGAUGAAAAAGAGACGAUGGCAUUCUCCAAUUGUUCCUUGUCAUUUAUCACAACUAAAUAACAGUUACAACAACAUCAAAAAAUAACAAACAUGACUCAACGGCAACAAUAACAACCAUCAAUGUAGUAAUCAAAUCAAUUAGUAAUCGUUCAUAUAUUCCAAAAACACUCACACACACACACACACAUCUAAAUCAAAUCGAAUUUCAUACAACAUAUUUGCUCACAGAACUUCAUUAAUAGAAUAAACUCAUCAACAGAGGCCGCUGUAAAAACAUGGUAAGGGAAGUGACAAAAAUGACUCAUUGUGAUCCCAUUGAAUGUGCGACAAAAAUGUUUCUUCGUAAUGAAUAAUAUAACGCUAAAAUUUUGCAGAUCGGUCCAUCUUAGGGCUUUUUUUUGUAGCCCCCACCAUUCUAUGGAGGGUAUAUUAGCUUUGUCAUUCCGUUUGUAAUUCUUUGAAAUAUUCAUGAUAGACCCUACAAAGUACAUAUAUUGUGGAUCAGCGUAAAAUUCUAAUACGAUUUAGCGAUGUCUGUCUGUCUGUCUGUUCUAAUCACGCUAUCAUUCGAACGAAUUGAGAUAGAUGGCUAAAAUUCUGCACAAAUUUGUAUUUACAGGUUAAGUUCGUAAAUGGGCGGUAUCUCCCGAUAUUCGUCAUUUUGAUGGUUUUAGCAAAAUCAUCAACCCAAUUGUUUUAAAUUUUGUAUUCGAACUUUGAAAUAGGUACUACAGCCCAUGCCUAAAAAUUUCUUAUGCAUGUCCACGUCUUCGUAUAGCCCCCAUAUAACGACACCUCCCUUUAUUCUGUAUUCUAAUGAUUUUUGCGACAUUAUUCAACGGAAUUGCUUAAAAAUUCGUAUUUGAAAAUUUUAAUGGGUACUAAAGCCUAGGGGAAAAAUUACUAAUGCAAGCCACGUCUUCGUAUAGCCCUCGUAUAAAAGUCAUAAUUUAAACGGUAUUUUUCUGAAAAUUUUCAAGUUCCUUUCAAAUGGUAGAGGGUAUUAAAAGUUCGGAACUUAGCGCCUAUUUAUACCCUACACCACAUAGUGGUAAGGGUACUAUGUCUUUGUGCAUUUGUUUGUAACAGGCAAAAGGAAACGAGAUAGACCCAUAGUUCCUUUUGAUGAUCUGCAUAGAAUCACAUUCUGAGUCGAUUUAUGCAUGUCCGUCCGUCCGCCCGUCCGUCUGUCCAUGUAUUUUUGUAAACAAAGUACAGUUCGCAUUUAUUGCCCUAUCCAGAUGAAAUUUUGCACAAAUCAUUUGUUUGGCCCAAGAACAAACCCUAUUGAAAUUGAAGAUAUUCGGUCAAAAUUUAGAUAUAGCUCCCAUAUAUAUGUUCGCCCGAUUUGCUUUUUAUUGUGCACCAAACGUGUAAUAUCAGUCCGAAUAGCAUGGAAUUUUGCACGUACGAUCAGAUUGGACCUUAAAAUAAGUAUGCCAAAUUUGAUCGAAAUCGGUUCAGAUAUAGCUAUAGCUCCCAUAUAUAUUGUUCAUCCGAUUUGUUAUCUUUGUCCUCCGCAGCCGUAAUAUGCACUCUGUAACAACAAUAUUUGGGGAAAUAUAUCAAAUGCAGCUCAGAAAUACCUUUGCUAAAUUUUAUCGAGAUCGGUUCAGAUUUGGAUAUUGCUCCCAUAUAUAACUUCGUCCGAUUUACAUUUGAUUGUGCACCAAACGUCUAAUAUUUGCCCAAAUGGGAUGAAAUUUGGCACUUACGACCGAAUUGAGUCUAGAAGCUAGAAGCUACGUCAAAUUUUGUGAAGAUCGGUCCAGAUAUAGCUAUAGCUCCCAUAUAUACUCACUCCGUAACAACGAUAUUCAGGGAAAUAUAUCAAAUACAGCUCAGAAAUAUCUUCGACAAUUUUUAUCGAGAUCGGUUUAGAUUUGGAUAUAGCUCCCAUAUAUAUCAAAUGGAAAAUACAAGUCCGAAUUUAAAAGAUACAAAUGCUUCGGCAUAUUUAGUUCUUUGAACUUUAAAUUAUAUUUAUAAUCGUAGCGUGUAUGAUUUUAACUGUUAUGCGGAGCUCUACUAAAUUAGCAAAGUGGUGUAGGGUAUCAUAAAGUCGGCCUUGCCUGACUUUAAGGCUUUCUUUACUGGUUUAUUUCUGUUGCGGUGUAAGUUCUUGUACUUUUUGGAAUUUCAAUGGUUUUUUCAAUAUUCUCCUAAUGAAAUAUGGCGAUAUGUUCAGCUUACGAGCCAUUUUUUGGUCACUGCGACGUUGAUGUUGUUGUUUUCUUCCGUCCACUUCCUUGACGUCGGUUUACGCUACCAGUAUCAUGGUAACGAGCGAUGGUACGAGACACAAAAUAUUUAUUCACAUUUAAAUGCUGGAGUGCUCUAACGAUAGCCUCUUGUGGUUUUCCAGCCAAAUGUAAAAAAAUCACACUAUCACGCUUGAAUUCCAUCACGAAUAACUUAAUUAAUAACUUACUUAAUAACUUAACGUCAUUAUUGUCACUUCCUUUUUCUUUAGGGUAAUUCCAUAUUUCCAUAAAAUUUCUCAUCAAAAAACAUUACUAGCAUUGCAAAUGACAUCAUCAUACCACAUUCAUCUGAAUUUCAGAACUUUACACACACACACACACAUUCCACUCAUUAUUAUCAUAAUCAUCAAGAACAACAAUAAACACCAUAAUACGAAAAUAAAUCAGCCCAACAACAGAGAAAACAAUAAUUUUUAUUCGUUCAUCUAACAAAGAAAACAAAAACAAACAACUUAACAACAACAACUUAAAGAAUGGGAAAAAUGCUAGUAUUACAUUUUGAAAUAAUCUCCUUUUUUAAAUAUUUACAAUUUACAUACAAAUUUACAGUAAACAUAUACGAAUAAACAAGCAAAACAAAUAUUAAUGAAUAAUAUUUAACGUAAUGUAUUGUAAUCUUUAAACAAAAACAACAAAAAAAAAUACAAAAGAAAUAUUUAAGGCAGCAAAUUUAACAAUUCUAAAAACAUAAACAUCAUAACUUUUUUAUUUAAAAAUAUAUAUUAAAAAAAGAUUAACAUUCAAAUCACAUAACAGGACAACCACAACAAAGAACUGACUCACACACAUUAACACAUAGAAACAUUCCAUACAUCCAUAUAUAAAUAUAUAUGAAAAAAAUGACUACAGUAAUUGAAAACCAAAAAUAAUAUGAAUUAUAAUAAGAAAUGAAAACAGAAACGAAUUAACGAAUUUUUCAAAUAGGUAAUAUGAUGAUGAUAUGUGGCAAUCCCAAUCAGACAACUACUACUACUACAACUAAUAUUCAUACUACAUACAAACAACAAAAUGACAAAAAGAAAUACAACAACAAAAAAACAACAACAGAAACUACUACUAUUCUAAUUAUGAUUAUGCAUUAUUACUACUAACCAUUACUUACAACAGUUGCAUAUUUUUAUAAUAUUGUCCCAGUGUAUAUAUGUAUGUAUAAACCUCAUACAUAUAUAUUUACCGGGCAAUUAUUGUAAUUAUAUUUAACUGUUUGCUUAUCUAUGUAUAUGUAUAAACAAAGCAACAACAACAUUCUCAUUAUAAACCGACUUUUUUAUAUAAUCCUAUUUUUUCUCCCUCCCAAACGAAAAAAAAAAACUAAAAGAAAAAAAAACUCUCUUAAAACUCUUUACAAAGCUGAAUUUACAAAGGAUAUACACUGAAACCAAAAACAACUUAUAUAACAAAUUUAUAUAUAAUCUAUAUAUAUAAAUGAAUAUAUUAUUGAGAAUAUAAAUUAACGGCAAGUAUUUUGUGAAAAUCAAUUCAUCCACAGUCAUAUUUGAUUAG